AUGACUUUGUCAGGCUAUUUCGAUGGUUCGUCGUCACAGAACGAUGAGCGGCUUCCUCUGUUGCACCACGCAUCAGCAGCGUCCGCACCUCGAUACACCGCCACAGACAAUGUACUGGAGAACCAUGAACGCCGCUUGGUCACCAAGACGAGCAAACGCUCUUCGUCUAGCUACUCCGAUCCCUCCUUAGCCAAUGGACAAGCAACUUGGAAUCUUAUUGUCAGAAUCCAAGCAGUGUGCCCCAACAUCCACUGCCCUUCCUGCAUCUCCCAUCUUAUAAGUCUCGUCUCGGAUCUCGCAAUCGAUCAUUCAUGUCGCACACGGAUCGCAAAUGUCAGCACGUCGCUGAUUGACCGCAGCCUCAGCUUUGAUCUCACCAUUUCAGCUAGUCAUAUGCAGCCCAACACAACUACAACCAUCGGCAGCAUCAAUCCUGCUCGUCCAACUUCAAAGCUCGUAACCCGUCUCGUCAAGGAAAUCGCCUCAAUUCUUGCCCAGGACGGCUUCCCUGUAGAUCACUGCCGCGUCAAACUUGUCUCGCCGAACCCCUCAGAUCGCCGCUACAAAGACGCUCUCACUUUCAUCCUGGAUCAGCCCGACCUCUACGAGCUGCAAGACACCAGUCCACGCCCCCAUAGUCUGCCAAACGAUGCUCGUCGAGCUACAAGCUACCAAAUCUCCAAGUCUGGCUCCGUUCUUGCUGAUCUUUCCGCCUCCCUUGGAUCUACUCUACGCGCAGUUCUCUCUGGCUCCAACACUGUCACUCAAGACUCACUCCGCCUUCAACAAGAGCGAUGGCAGAGACAUCUCGAAAUCUGCCAUGCCUGUCGAGACGGCAUUACAGACACAACUGACCGGCGCGUUUCUUCCUCCGCACAGUCACAUCUCCUGGGACCAGAGGUACACCAUUCUGAUAAUGAAUUCAAGUGCAACGUAUCCGACCGUCAUUCCGCAGAAAGGGUGGUGGCCACCCUGUCUAUUGCGGGCAUGACUUGUGCCUCAUGUGCACAAUCAUCAACACAGUCUGCAGACGAUGAUUUGAUCCAUCGAAUCGAUUCGCUACAGGUCAAUGUGAUGUCCGCCUCUGCUACUGUGACCACACAUCCCUCUGCAGUUGACAAGGUCCUCAAAUCCAUCAAAGACGCAGGCUUCGAAGCACAAUUGAUCAAAACAAGUCCAGUGCCCCGACCGGCGCCCCUAGAACAAGGCCACCUUGCGCCUCAUUGGAUCGGCAAAAUUUCGAUUCAAGGUAUGACCUGCGCAAGCUGUGUACAGAGCAUCAGCUCAGCCCUCAAAGCGUACUCCGACGAGACAAAUCCAAACAGCCAUGUCAAGAUCCUCAACAUCUCGAUCAAUCUCAUGGCCAAGUCGGCAGAUGUCAAGCUCUCGACGGAUUUGACCAGCUCAGUGGCAAAGAGUGACGUGCAGAAACGCUUAGAGCAAGUAGUCAGCGAGAUUGAAGACGUCGGCUUUGAUGCCGAGUUGAUCAGCGUAGAGCAUGUUCAAAGCAAAUGUUUCAUACCGCAGGACGAAAUUAGAUCAACGAGCGACGACGGCAGCUCGCAGCACAGAUCAGUUCGUAUAACAAUGGAAGGCAUGUUCUGUCACCAUUGCGUCAAAAAAGUGCAUAAAUAUUUCCAAGACAAACAGCAAAGUCAUCCAUCCGAUAUCGACAUCAACCAGGAGGAUCUGGAAGCCUUCAACCUGUCUAAGCCCUUCAUCAGCUUUUCUUAUGCAUCUGGGAAGAGCUCCAAGAUCCGCUUGCGAGAUAUCAUUACCGAUCUCAACAAGCUCGAUCCCGCUUUCGAAGCUAGCUAUUCGCCGCCCGCGUCGCUCGCCUCUCGCUCCGCAGUGUUGGCGCGUAAGGAGCUCCGAGAUCUCUUGAUCCGACUCAGCAUCACUGCGCUCUUCGUCGUCCCUUCGCUAGUCAUCUCAAUGAUCGCACCCCUACUGUCAUCCAAUCAUCCAUUACGUCGCUCUCUUUCGCAGUAUGUAGUCGGAUCCGCUACCAGGGCCGAAGUGGCCAUGUGGUUGAUCUCGACUCCUGUCCAAUUUGGUGUCGGUUCCAUCUUCUUCAAGAAAGCAUGGCGUAGCUUGUCCUCAGUGUGGAAAAGAGGUCGGUCGUACACCGAUCGUUUCCUACGAUUUGGAAACAUGGACGUCCUUGUCGCGCUCGGCACCCUCAUUGCUUAUACAUCUUCGCUGGUUUUUCUCAUCCUUGAUGCUUUCCGCCCACCGUCGCACUCAUCGAAUAGCAGAACACUCUCUUAUAGCAACGAAAGCCAGGUCGACGACUCGAUACCCGACGAAAUGGGCAUGACUUAUUUUGAAGUAUCCGUCUUCCUCGUCUUCUUCAUCUUGCUUGGUCGAGCACUCGAAUUGGUCAGCAAGAAAAAAACAGGCGAUGCUGUGGCCGAUUUGGGCAAGAUGAAGCCGUCUUCGGCAUAUCUCAUUCUGGAUCCAUCGAUUUUAGCCCAGAGCAAGACCCAAGUAGUGGAUGUGGAUAUGCUCGAGAUCGGCGAUUACGUACUUGUGCCUUGCGGUGCCUCACCUCCACUGGAUGGUACCUUUGCCGGUACACCAACUGGCAGCGAAGAUGCACAGGCGCUUUUGGAUGAAAGCAGUCUCUCCGGUGAAGCUCGACCGGUGAGCAAGGCGAUCGGCGACUCGCUCUUUGCUGGAACGAUCAAUGUCUCACCAACAGCCAUCUAUGCUCAGGUCGGUGUCCUUCCAGGCUCCUGCAUGAUCGAUGACAUUCUCGAGGUCGUCCAAGAAUCCGCCGGCAAAAAGGCGAGCAUCGCGCAACUCGCAGAUAAGAUCACGGGCGUGUUCGUACCCAUCAUUGUCUACCUCUCGUUGCUCGUCUUUUUAUUGUGGACGUUGCUGCUCUAUACGGGUGUUUUGAGCGAGAGCUGGCAGUCGAGACAUGUGCCGCACUACGCAGAACCGGGCGCCAAGCUCGUGUGGGCGCUGCAGUUUGGCAUUUCUUGUCUGCUAGUUGCUUGUCCAUGUGGAAUCGGGCUUGCUGCUCCGACAUCGCAGUUGGCGGGGAUCGGUCUAGCUUCCAAGCACGGUAUCUUGGUUAACGGUGGAGGCGAGGCGUUCCGAGCGGCAAGUGCAGCGGUUCGAGGCAGUGCCGAUCUCGUAAUGGUCUUUGACAAGACGGGAACCAUCACCAGGGGUGAAGCUGUCAAAGUGACGUCUUUCCGCUUUGCUCCGCCCUUCCACGAGUCGAGUGAAGCGAACAGGACGGAACAAGGCUGGGAUCGAGAGACGCUGCUUCGGUGUAUGGACCUAGUGGAGCAGUCGAGUACACAUCCCUACGCAGGAGCUGUGCGUGGAUUCAUCGCUGCACAAUUGGAACGAUCAGAGUCUACAGCCGAUGCUCAAUCGUCGCUUCCCAAGCUCGUGGCGGUCGCAGAAGUAGCUGGCAAGGGCCUGCGAGCCACCUUCGAGUCAAACAAGGAUCCGAAAUCCAGCUUUUUGCUUCUCAUUGGCAACAAAAGGCUAAUGGACGAGAUGCACGGAGCUUACACUUGCAUCGACGAAUCGAUCAAAAUCGCAGAGAAAGAAUGGUCAGCCGCCGCCAACAGUGUUGUCUAUGUUGGCUUUCGAUCAUCAUGCAGCAAAGCUGGAAAGAUAAGCCUCGCUCUAGCGAUGAGUGACGUGAUUCGGCCCGAAGCUUGUUGGGUAGUCACACAUCUGGAGCAAAAGUUUGGUGCCGAAGUGUGGAUGAUAAGCGGCGACAAUGAGGCUACGGCUAGAGGGAUUGCUGCUCAGGUGGGGAUUGCGCAAACUCGAGUGGUAGCGGGAGUGCUGCCGGUUCAGAAGAAAGAAUGGGUGGAGAAGCUGCAGAUUUCUCGCGCCCGGCAGUGUGAACGCGGAUCAUUCGGAACAUGGAAUCGGCUACGCCGAUGGUGGCCAGGCGGGACCGGUCAACGACAGCGAAUCGUGUGUUUUGUCGGAGACGGCAUCAAUGACUCGCCCGCCCUGUCCUCGGCCUCGCUCGGCAUAGCGCUCGGAUCCGGCAGCUCGAUCGCACACUCGUCGUCGGAUUUUAUCCUUCUUCGCCGCACUUGUCCAUUGCUCUCUUUGCCUCUGCUGCUGUCGCUAUCGCACGCGACGUACCACAAGAUCUGGACCAACUUCGCGUGGGCAUUCGUCUUCAAUCUCUGCCUGAUACCCGUGGCCGCAGGGGCGCUGGUUGCGGUGGGUGUAGGACUGGGUCCCGCGCUCAGCGGGCUGGCUAUGGCGUUCAGCAGUACGAGCGUCGUGUUGAACAGUUUGACGUUGAGAUGGUGGAGGCCGAACAGGGCGGUGAGGGAGAUGAUCGAGAUGUACGAUGACCAAGACGCCAGGCAGUCGUAA